UUGCCUGGAGGCAGAACAAGUACCUAUACUGAGACUAUCAGUUUGGGGAGCUGACCCUGCCGUGGGAUCCAGAAUGGCAGGAUCCUCUCUGGCUCUGUUUCUCUUGCUGCUGACCUGCUGGACCCUCCCUACUGGACUGACUGGGGAAGAUGCCCUGAAUCUCAUAGAUGGUACAGACCAAUGCGAUGGCCGUCUGCAAGUGGAGCACGGCGGGCAUCAAGGCCUCGUGUGUGCUGACCACUGGGGCAUGCAGGAAGCUUCUGCGACCUGCAGACAACUUGGCUGCAGCCAUGCACGCUCUACCUACCAGUUUAUUCUGAGGCCUGAAGAGAUGAAGGCACCCUGGCUGUAUGGUACCAACUGUAGCGGUGAGGAGGCCACCCUCUGGAAUUGUACUCUAGGGACCUGGGGGCCCCUCAGUGACUGCAAGUGCCAGUGUGUGGUGUCAAUUAACUGCGCAGGUGCUAGCUUUCAGCAAGUCAUACUGGCCGGAGGUGCCAGUCCGUGCGCUGGGUCUCCCGAGUUGUUGAGUGGGUCUUUCCCCAUCCUGAAGUGCGACCUGCAGAAGGAAGAGGCAAGUGUCCUGUGCAGAGACCUGGGGUGUGGCACCGCUCUGCAGUGGUCCAGAGCUCACCAAGGAGCAGGGACUGGAAAUCAAGACCAGAAGUUUGUGUCUUGCCAAGGCACGGAGCCUAGCACUUCCUUCUGCAAGAUCAAUGUGAACUUUGUGGAGCAGUGUGACCUUGUGUCUUACACCCAGGUGGUGUGCACAGGUCAUGUGGAGGCCCGGCUGCUGGGCGGCACACACCCCUGUGAAGGACACCUGGAGGUUCUUCGAGGACUUACCUGGGGCUCUGUCUGCUAUGAUGACCUGGACCUGCCCAUGGCCCACGUGGUUUGUCAGGAGCUGGGGUGUGGCACCGCUGUAUCCAUACUCGAGAGUUCCCACUUUGGCCAUGGAUCAGGGCCUGUGUGGACAGAGGCCUUUCGCUGUGUGGGCAAUGAAUCACUGCUGUUCCAUUGUCAGAGGGAGCCUGGACACCAGUGUGGCCAUGAUCGAGAUGCUGCAUUAACCUGCUCAGGGGAAAAGUUCCGGCUGGUCAAUGGCAGUGGCCGCUGUGAGGGCCGCGUGGAGCUUCGGGUAAAGGAGAACUGGCUGCCCCUCUGUGCUGCCCACUGGGACCUAGCAGACGCCAUGGUGCUCUGCCACCAGCUCAACUGUGGCCGUGCAGUGGUCAUACCCCAUGGAGGCCACUUUGGAAAUGUGAGGGAACCUAUCUGGACAGAUGUGUUUCGCUGUGUGGGGACAGAGCCUCACUUGCUGAGCUGCCCAGCAAGCACCCUAGGGACCCAGGCAUGCACCCUGGAAAAUCCAGCCUCUGUUAUCUGUUCAGGUCUCCAGGACGCCCUGCGGCUGAGGGAUGGGCAGAGCCACUGUGACGGGCGAGUGGAAAUCUUUCUGGAUGGUGUGUGGGGGCGUGUGCUGGACAAUGCCUGGGACCUGCAUGAUGCUGCUGUGGUGUGCCGACAGCUGGGAUGCGGAGAGGCACAGCAAGCCUAUGAUGCUCCAGCACCGGGCCACAAGACAGUCCCUGUGGGGCUGAGCCUGGUGCGGUGCUUGGGCUCUGAGACCCACCUGACUCGGUGCAAUGUGUCCGUGUCUCAGCUGGUGACUGCGGGGACUUUGCAGGAUGCGGGCGUGGUAUGCUCAGGGAGUUUGCGCAUACGGUUGGCAGAGGGUAAGGGCCGCUGUGCUGGGCGUGUUGAAGUGUUCUAUCAGGGCACAUGGGGCACUGUAUGCGAUGAUGCCUGGGACCUGCGCGAUGCCCACGUCGUCUGCAGGCAGCUGGGCUGUGGCUAUGCCCUUAGUGCCCCCGGGGCUGCCCAUUUUGGAGCAGGUACUGGGCGCAUCUGGAUGGACGAACUGGGCUGCCUGGGUGAGGAGGCUGCUCUCUGGGAGUGCCAGUCUGGAGGCUGGGGCCAACACGACUGUGGGCACAAGGAGGACGCAGGCGUGGUCUGUUCAGAAUUCACUGAUAUAAGGCUGCAGGAACACAGCCAGGCAUGCACAGGACGCCUGGAAGUUUUCUACAAUGGGACCUGGGGUGGCGUUUGCCAGUCUUUGAAUGCUGCCUCCCUGAGGGUUCUGUGUGAACAACUGGGCUGUGGGUUCCAAGGGCAGCUGCUGGCCAGACCGAGGAGCUCAUCUACACUUGAGACUGUCUGGUUGAAGUCCAUUCAGUGCAGAGACAAGCAUGACAGGUCCUUGUGGCAAUGUCCCUCAGAGCCCUGGAACAGGCAUUCUUGCCUCAGUGGAGAGGAGGCUUGGCUGCUGUGUACAGAAAAGACAGAAGUUUCUCAGGAUAUGCAGCAGGUUCCCAAUUGCUCAUCAGCACUUAGCUGCCCAGAGGAAGGCGCGCUUCGCGUGUUUGGGGGUGAGGAUGGCUGCUCUGGACGAGUGGAAUUCUGGCAUGCAGGUUCUUGGGGCACAGUGUGCGAUGACUCCUGGGACCUGGCAGAUGCAGAAGUUGUGUGCCGGCAGCUGGGCUGUGGCCCGGCCAUAGCUGCCUUGCAUAAUGCUGCCUUUGGCCCUGGUUCAGGGCCUAUAUGGCUAGAUGAAGUGGGAUGCCGAGGCAGUGAGACAUCUCUGGGAGCCUGCCAGGCAGAACCGUGGGGCUAUGGAGACUGCUCCCACAAGGAGGAUGCUGGUGUACACUGCCUAGAUAUCUCUGGGACCAUGGCAUCAGGCAAUUCUUUGGCUUCUCUACCACCUGAGGUCUGGACCCUGCCUGAGAUUGCCUGCCUGGUCCUCAGCUGCCUCCUGGGCAUAGUUUGUCUGGUCCUGGCUGCUCAGUGGUGUCACAGCAGAGUUAUUAGCAUGGGUUCGGGAGCGAUGGGGCAGGGGUCCUCAGAUGCUGUCUAUGAAUACAUUGAAACAGUCCCUAUGGAGGAAAGAGCAGAGGAGUCAGCAGCAUCCCGGGGCCUGGUGCAGGAUGAGGAUUAUGAUGAUGCAGAAGAGCCUGAAAACAGCCCUGCGGAAGAUGUGGAGGCUGGGUACCAUUGAGCUGGACUAGUGUGUACCGCUGUUCCCUGAGUUCCAGUGUACCCUUUCUCAUAAAGUGGUUCUACUGUGGCCUGAGGACCAAAUGGGUGUCUCUCCCUUUAAAUAUAGAUGGAGCCGUCUGCUGCCUGCAUGCUGACGCUGAUGCUGAAGCUGAAAGAGAAAACUGUGAUGGUCACUAUC